AUUUGAAGGAUGUUCAAGUGAAAUGAGCUUUGAUUUCCAGGCAGGGUCGCCAAGAAGUCACGCUUCACUUCCGAGUUUUUGUCGUCGAGAGGGGUCAAGUCGGGUUUUGGACACAAAAACGGAUAUUUCGAUAUUGCCUGAAGCUAUUUUAUACACAAAAUUAUGCGGAUUUGACAUUUAAACAGCAUGAGUAACACGGAAGGAAGAAAUUAUUCCUUGGAGAGGCAACGAAGCAAAACCACCUUCACUCAGGAAUCAGCUGUGGCUACUGUGAAAUGUGGUUUUCUGUGGAAGACUUCUUUUCAUACUGGACGCACAUCUUCGAAGAACAGAUACUUUGUCUUAACCAGAAGCUCGUUGGAUCACUUCCGAAAUAACCAAACGGUAGUAGUUAAUUUUUUUAGUUUCUGUCUUUGUUUGUGGAAGUUACUGUAAAAUGUACAGCUUGAUGACCAGCUGGAUAGUUAUGUACCAGUCUGACUCAAUUCAUGGUUUGCAACCACGUGACAAGGCGGCCAUGUUGGGGGUCAAAACAAAAGAAUAUUUACUCGAAGAAUUUACAUGAAAAUAGAGUUUAGUUCCCAGAGGAGAGAAAUGCUUUUGUUUUGUUCUUGACCACCAACAUGGCCGCCGUGACGUCACGUGCAAACCAGCAAUUCCAAAACUGCCCAUGCCCCCCCCACCCCCCCGAAAACAUCCGGACAUUUGACUUGUUGGAAAGAUUUUGCUCAAACUCCCUGGUAUAUGUUGACAGUUUAGAUGGUCAAAUGCCCCACCGGCUAGUGCUUCAAAAAGCGUGAAAUCCCCCACCUACCGGCAACUAUUCAAAAUUUACCCAUGCGUCAAACCAUUUAUUCAAAAUAUGUUAAUAACCUACUAAACACUACCUAGAUAUCUUAUGUCUUGAAAAGCUGUUUUUACGGAUGUUUGUUCAUUGCAAUAAAAUUGGUUAUUCCAGAAAGCCCAUAUUUAACGGUCUUUUGCAAAGGUUCUCAAAUGCUCCAACAAAACAGUGGAUAUAGGAGCAAUAACCCUAGCCUAUGGUCUGGAGAACAUUUGGGAUCAGGGAUCAUGUACAGUACUGUACAUCGCCUUUGACUUUUUCUCCUCUUUCCUUAUUCCCUCUCCCCAUGCUCCUUUUCCUUUCCCUCCCCUCUUUUUCCAACUCUGGACACUAUGUUUGAAAGAGGUUGCAAGCAUUAAUACAAAGUUUAUUAUCAUCCAGGAAAAACUGAAAGGAAGUCUACCAUUAGCUGCCAUAGACACGGUAGAGAGACUUCCUGAAGACAAUUGCUCAUUUAGAAUCACUGGACCAUUUAAGCACCCACUGAUUUUACAAGCCUGUAGCAAGGAAGAGUGUCAAGAGUGGAUAAAGGCAAUUGAGAAUGGUAAGACCACCCACAAAUUUUAGCUUGUGUGGAUGUGCAAUAGAGAAGAGAAGUAGGACAUCAUGUUACCAAGGUAGCAAAAUUUGUGGAUCACAACAAAUGGGAGCUUAAGCAAUGACAAUGGGGACAACAAUAGCAAAAAAGCAAUAGGUUUAUAUUAGCAAAACAACAACUUUGCAUGUGCAUCAUGCCUUUUUUUAGAUUUCUUAGCCUUCAUUGCAUGACUGUGACAUGAAACUUCCUAAUUCCAUGCGCCUGCUUUAUGGGCUGGGGGUAGGUGAACACAACACAAAAUUCUCUUUUUUCUAUUUUCAACCUUUCGGAUUCAACCCCAGAAAAUGUCGUCAACAUUAAUAAUAUUUGACAAAUUAAAUGAAAUUGAAUAUGAUCGAUGAAGUUUUUAACAUUGGGAAUUCACUUAACUCUUAAUGCAUAUAUUUUUAAAUAGCUUUAAUUCUAUAAUAUGAUAUUAUAAAAUAACAAGAAAGUUAAGGUCUAAGUAAAAGAAAUUGGAAUCCAAGAGAAAAUUUGCAGUAUCCUGGUGCUUAAAUUUUGUGAAAACAGAUAUUUAUGUUAACGGUAAGAUAUUCCAAUAGCUUUAGAAUAUUGUAGCCCCAAUAUCUGUUUUUUUUUUUUUAAGUAAUUAUUGAACUGCACACAAUAAUGACUUUCUUAAGGGAGAUACCAUGUGCAGUCAGUCUUACUGAAUUUUACAGUCAUAUUUUUCUUUAUACAGACCUUUAAAUGGUCAUAAUUUUGAACAGUAUCUAUGGAUAUAGGUCUCUUGGGCCUGGAGUGAUUGUCAAUUUUGGGUCUUUAAGUGUUAAAACCUUCAUUACAUUUUAGGAAUUCAACAGUGGCGUCUAGAUUCAGAUUCUGGCACUCCAGGAUUUAACAAGAAAGAUGAAAUUUACAGCUUUCAGAAUGUCCCUGGGAUUAAGGUAUCUUAGUGAAAAGUGUUAGCAGUGAUUUUUUGUUUAACAAAUAAAGAAGCCUUGACAUUGCUCCGUUCUGUUGUAAAGCAUGCAGGAAGCGGCUAGAGUAUGAAAAAAGUAGGGGAAACAUGAGAUGUAGUUGAGUGUUUCUCCUUAAUUCUUGAGUGGAUGGAUUGUACAUCCGGGCCUUUAACUGAGUAGCUAAUUUUAAUUUGAUUUUUCUCCUUUCUAGGAGGCUCAUUUUUUCUAGGGCGUACUUGCUUUAAGCAAAGUUAGGUUAUUUAGGUUUUACACUUAUUUGCUUUGGCACCCACUUCCGGUGAAGAUUAUUAUUUAUCGAUCUCUUGAGGGCUAUGCUUCAAGUGACAUAUGACAUGAAUUAUUUGCCUAGAAGUUCAAGUUCUACACCCAAUUAUAAACAUGAGCUCUCUUUAAUAAAAUCUCAAUACUGCAAAAUUUGUUGUACAGUAUGCUUCCAUGCACCCUCAUAUGAGGUGCGUGUAUUUACUGCUGCUAUUGUUUCAUUCACUUUGAUUUUUUGAUUGUAUCGUUCUUUAUCAUUCACUAUUGUUCAUUCCAAAAUGUAAAUUUCAGACUUAAUAGUGUCUGUCUUACCUGACAUAGACUUCGAAUGGAAAUAAACAUCUUUUACCUUCCAUCUUCAGUUUGUAAACGGCUGAGUGGUAGCAAAUGUGUGAAUGUUCAGCUAAUGUGUAGGGUGGAAAAUGAACCUUACAAAACACUAUCUACAUCAUAAGUUACCCAAUGCCUUUAUAAUUUAACUGCUUAGUAAUGCCAUAAUCAGAGAUAGGUAUAAAAAAAUAACAGUAAUUUAAAAUAAAAAGCAUAUUGUUCAGGUUUUCACAAUUUUUGUCCACAGUGAAAGCAUUUUCUUUGUGGUCCAUGAUUGUUUGUGAAGUUGUGAACUCAGCAAUCUUGUGACAGAGGAUUUUUUCUUGUUUGCUCAAGAAAUGAAGGCCUUGAACUCUCAAUAAAAGGGCUUUUGUAUGUACUUAAAGGUUUUAAAUCGAUCUUCUGGUGAAUGAUUUAUUACACAAAAUCUUACAAAUUAAAAGUAAUAUUUGGGAGCUGAUACAACACAAUGGAUGCAACAGAAAAGUAUUAGGCUUGUGGUUUCUCAAUUAAGCGGAUGACUUAAUGUUUUCCCUCUGAUUUAGUGAUCAAUACCUGCCUUUUAAGGGAUUUUUUAAAAGGCAAGCUCAAAGUGUAACACCUUAGAGUUUCAUUUGUUGACUAAAAUAUGUUGGUCAGAUCAAUCAUGACAGAAAUAACAACAUGGAUUUACUUCUUCAGUUUUCAAAAAACUGACAAAGGAAAGUAGAAACUAUAAUGUCAUCUGUUGAAAAACAACUCAUCCUGUCCACAAGAAAGAAGGUUACUGUUUAUAAUGAACAUGUGCUGAACACAGUCUUUACUAACACAAUAAUCCUAGCAAAUCAACCACAACUUUGUUAAACUUUGCUUGAGUUAUUGUUCAUUAUGUCCUUAAACUCCAAUGGUAUUAAAUGCUGCCAGGAUUAAAGCCACUAAAGAUCUUGUGAUCUUUCGGUGAUCAAAUAUUAUUUUAUGGUUGACUUUGAUUCUAUAUUUGGCUCAACAUUUUUGUGAAAACAUUUGGUAAGGCUUUAAAUUAAACUAAGAUACUAACAUUUAUUUCUCUUUAGCUUUGAUUUUUUGUGCUUGUGUGUUACAUAAUAUACUUAUAAGCAAGAUCUUGUUCUUUGGAUCGGAGUUGUUUUCAUGCUUUUGACUUUAGUGUUUUUGUUAUUAAAACAGAUGCUCUAUCCAUCUUUGUGCUGUCCAGUUGGAGAUAAAGUGUCGUUCUCAGGUACAGUAGACAACUAUUUAUAGGUAACUCAUUGUUAGGGCUCAUUCAGUUCAAGCCAUUGGAUAAUGAAGACCUGGGAGCGUUUUUUCUCACCCUAGAUGUUAUACUAGUCCAUUGCAAUGUUAAGCAUUUUAUCUGGCUGGAGAGAAAUAGGAACUACAAAAUAAAAAGUUACAAAAGAAAAAGAAAAACAAGAACCAAAAAAAACCAAUGGUAAUUUUGAGAGAAGAAAAUAAGAAAAAAAUAAAUCACUUUUGACCCACUAACUGUACCCCUUUUUUUUGAAUUUCUCAGCUGCCAGUGAGCUUCAUCAUGAGUUUCCAAUGAUAAAGUAUGCAAGAGGAGGAAGAUCCAUCCCACAUGAAAGAGUCUUUAAACUUGAUAAUGACAACUUGGUAAGAAAUAAACCAUUGAUAGACAUUGUUAUUAUUAAUCCACAGCAAGCAAGUGAAGCCACUCCUGUAUAGCCUGAGGGGUUGUUGGAAUCUUUCUCUUUUUUUUUGCUUUUUAAGGACAAUAAUCUUCUAAUAAAUAAAUAAAAAUAUUAUAUAGUAUUUUUUAAAUUUGAUUUAAAUUUGUUUUUAAUGUAAUGGCUAUGACUCAGUUACAUAGAGAGUCUACUUUUUUAAAUACAAACAAUCUACUUAAUAAUUAUUUCAAACAAUAGGAGGUUAGAAUCAAAGCAGGUCCCCAUUGCUUUGGUAUCUUCCCCCCUUCCCCCCCCCCAACCAAGAAAAAGAUUAAAAACAACAACAACAACAAACAAACCAGAAGGUAUGACAUAUUUUCUUGUCAAGUUGCUCUAAGUUUUUACUUAGUAAAUUCAACUCUUCUUCUGACGUGGAUUUUAUGAUCUUCAGAAAAUUACAUCCUCUGAACCAAAACAAAUGAAGGAUUUGUGAAAGUAAUGGCCCUUAACUGAAACUUUAAAAGGUAUUUCAUGGCUGUCACUUAGGGCCGGCGGGGGCGGGAGAUUUCCUCAAACUACCAUAAGUAUGAACCCCAGCUAUUUUCAUACAAAACGAAAAGAAUUCACAACCAAAAGAAUUUCCUUUUGUUUGUCUAAUACCCUGCCUAUUAAUUGCACAUACCUACAUGUGGUAGCAACUGCAAAAUAAAAGCUAAGUGACAUUCCUUUAUUAAAAAAACAAAACAACAACACCAACAACUUGCUAAACACAGAAUAAACAACCACAGAUACUAGUACUGGUUUUCACUUGCUCAUUACAUUAUAAUAACAACUUGCUCAUUUAUUAGCAUCUAACUGUUUUUUAAACACCUGCCUGCAGCACAUUAUGUGGAAGAAAAGAGGGAAAGCUCACAGUUUUAAUUUCGCCAAUACCUGUAAGUUCCUUUUUUAGGAAAGCUUUUGUGGUUUAAUUUUAUCUUUGGUGCAAAAUUAUUGUAUAAAGAAUAUUUUAUUGAAGAAAUUGAAAGGAUAAAAUAGAAUUGCAACUGUUAACACUCUGUCAACACUGCUACUUAUAUCAAUUUAGAUGGCAAUGUAUGAUUACCUUCUCUUUGUCACAUCCUUGUUAUACGCAUAUGCUUAUGAAACAAACAAGUGGUCACCUUUGAUGACAUCAUAGCAACAUUCAUACCCAGCUUUCACACAUGCUCGACAAUUGAGCAGAAAGUACCCAACUUCAAACAGCUGUUUAAACCCCAGGGGGUGGGAAAGGGGGGGUACUCAUAAUUUUUUUGUUUAGGUGUGUGCUGCCCACACAGAUGUGAAACAAAUGAAAAUUGAGACCCCAUUUAAGGCCCAAACCUUGAAAAUGAGACUAAGUUUAAGAGAAAAAAGAAAACUAAGAAUUAAUGAAAACACAAAAAACUUCCAUGAAUCACUGUCCUUAUACUUUGAGGUAAAGUUCAGUUUUAACAGAUGAUUUGUUUCUGGUGUAGCUGGGCAUUUACGCACUUGAAUUUUAGCUUAUAGAAUUACCCUACCCUAUCAAAGGAGCAUAACAGGAAUACAGCGGCAAAAAUGAUACCUUUUAAGAAUGGAGGCCCACAAAAACCAUACCCUAUUGGGCAGCUCAUACCCUAUCCAGCUCUUACACUCACUGUAUAUGGGAGUACCCCACAGGGUAUGUCCACAUCUGCUGGUCCCAAUGGAGGCUCAACUGUAAUACUAUAAUUGCUAUUACUGUUGUUAUGACUGUUGUUAUGUUAUUAUUAUACCACUACAUGAGAAAUUUCUGCAAUUUGAUUGGUUUAGAGUAGUGGUAUUUCACCUUAAUUUGAAAUAUAUACCUACAUGUGAAAAUUACAAACCUUUUACGGGUAGUAGUAUAAACAAACAAUAGCAUGAUUUGUACAUGAUAUUUGGAAUAAACACCACUUGUGAUAUUUCAAAAUUGUCUCAAAUUAACGGCUCAUGAAAUUACGUAUAACAAUUUCGAAAUAAAAAAAAAAAUUCGCUUGCGGUAUUUAUGCCAAAUAUCACUACUAAUCAUGCUAUUAUCUAUACUAACAUUAUCAUAAUCUGACAUACAUUUAAGUAGCAGUACUAACACUGCAUUUUUGUUUUUUUUUCUUUGUUGAUGUAAAGUAUGCCUAGAUAGAGUGAUUGAGGUACGAUGUGGUCAGCAAACCAGAAACUUUUUCAAGUUCCCUUACACUGAGGUUGAAAGCCAGUCAUUCUCGCUCAUGUUUGAGAAACAGCAGGGUAUUAUGUUAUCAUUUAAAUACCGUACAUUUUACUGAUCAGCAUGCAUACAUUGUAGGUUUAUAUUUUUUCAUAUCACAAUUUUGAUUUAAUGUAGCUGUGGUAUGCACCAGGGCUGGUAAUUGGAAAUAGGUUAUAGGUAAGAUAGGAGAAGUGGGGAUUAUUACAAUGUAAGUCUUCCUUUUUUUAAUGUCGUGUAGGUGAGUGGAGUCAGUUAUGUUCACUGGAUCUAAUAUGUGACUCAUCUGCGGCAUUUGAAAAGUGGUCUAGUGCUGUGAGUAUACACCGUAUGAUUAUAGUUAACAUUUAUAUAUUAUGUGCAUUUAUUAUAUAAAAUUUUAUCUAUUAAAUUAUGGGUAUUUAGUUCAUAUUUGAUAAAUUAUGUGUGGUUGUAUAACCCACACUCUUGUGCAAAAAGCUAUUGACUUCAUUAUUUUGCAUGGAAGGUCACUGGAAAUUCUUCCACUGUAAUCUAUCAGAUUCUUCUACAUACCCUGAACUCAACUCAACUGGGUGAGAUGAAAAUUGAAAAUACCGGUAAUCAUGGAAUUUUGUCUAUUUCCUGAUUGUUUCCUAAGAAAGAAGCCCUGGCCAGGUGGCCCUUAGUGACAGCCCUGAGUUAUACUAAUUACACACAACAAAUUUCACUUCAGAUGAGGGAAAUUAUUUAUGGCCAAGAUCAAAGAGUGAACCGCCAUAGGUUUGAUGGUGUUGAUCCAGUUGUUCUGUAUCCUUUGGACAUUUAUUGUUAUUGUAUAUAUGCGUUGGACCUCAGUCCACAAUGAAUGUGGUGAGGAGAAUGACCUCAUCUUUCGACCUCCUUGAUUUUUCAUCUCCUUUUAUCUUGCUGAAUCUUGUAUUUAUUCACCACGUUGGGCAGUUUAAUGUGUGAUAUUGUUCUAUAAAUACUAUGUGAGCGAAGAUGAAUGUGAUUUUUAAUAAACCAGCUUAAUACUAGAUUUCAGCUGAUCACUUACAUAUGCGUGUAUUAUGUUUAUCCUCUAACCCAUAAAAAGAAUCUUUAACAAUGCACAAAAUAACAUUGAAGAAAGCACUUUUUUUACUUACUAACAUACAUGUACUUAUCAAGAUCAGAUUCUUUAUACCAGUCUUGGGCCCAGGCAUCUUAAUACAAAGGCACACUAAUAAUAGAGUGAAAUAAUAAUAUGACCUUGUAGGUUCUAUUUGGAGCAAUACUUAGUUUGCAGUAUACCUUCAAUAUCUAACCUAGGUACAUGUGUUUAAGUGCCUUGCUUGAAAAAAGGGAGCAGAAAUAUUUCCUUAAUAGCCUUUAAAGGUGGUUGAAGCGACAUUGGUCAGUGAUGUCAUCACGGCGGAGCAAAGGAAUUUCAGUGGAUCAGGCCUUAUCAUUUGCUCAACACUGCUGCAGUGGAGCUAAGAAGAAACAGCAAUUAAGAAAUUAUAUCAAGGUUGUGGUUGAAUAUUAGACCAUUCAUCAGUGAUCUUUGUCAGUUAAAACCUGCUGAUCAGCUUUUCAUUUGCUUGAGACUGCGCAAUAUCUAAUUCAGUUUCUUGUUGAGAGGAAAAGCACUGACAGCAUAGAAUUAAUUUAGAGGUACUUAAGUUUGAAUUGUGAACGGAGGGAAGAUAAUAGAAGGUAAAGUGAAAAUUAUAGUUUUUUGUAUUUUUUCUUAUUUCUAAUUUUUUAUAAUUCCCAAAAUUUGUUUAAAGCUAAUCAAAUACAUAUUAAAUGUUACAAGCCUGUAUUAUUAAAGUGUUUUGCUGUUUGUCUGAGAAAUUGUUUAGUUGUAACUAACUUUAUUAUCUGCAAUGGCUUUGCAGGAUGUUCUUGAGGUGCAGUGUGGAAUUAUUCAACACAAUGAAAAUCUCUUGUGGAACUCGUUUCUGAUGUUGUUCAAUAAUCUUAAUGAACAGCCAAAUGUGAGUGUGAUAAUAAAUUUUGAAACUAAAAAGCCAAGUCUGUUUGAACUGGCAGUAUUCAGUACAUCUCACUGGCUUUCACUUGCAGGUUUUAUCCUUAGGCUCAAAACUAACCAACACCUAAUACAGUUAAAUAAACUGUUUCACCACAUGAAUUAAGUACAGCUUGGUAGCUUUUAUUUGGAUGAUCACUCUUGAGUCUUUCAUUCCAGGUUCAACUUUUAGUCAAAAACCCCCAAAAUCGCCUUUUGCCGAUUUUUUCACCUGAUUUUAUAUUAAAUAGCCAGAUUGGGUUGUUUUAUGCUGAAAAGUGGAUUUUUCUCAAAAAGCUUGGUACUUUCCUUAAGUUGACAAUUUAAAAAUUGUUAAUAUACUAGUAAAUAGUUCCAGUGCUGACAAAAUAUAACUUUGCUGUCGUCUAUUAGUUGCUGAAGAUCUUCUUUAAGUAUGCAAAGGAGCAUCCCAACCUUGGUAUGACACCAACUGAGUUUGCAGAGUUUCUUCACAGAGAGCAAGAGGUCAGUCACUGAGCUGUCUACUGUGUGAUUGUAGGUGUCCUCAUUAGAAAAAUUUCGCAGGCUGAGGAGUAUAAAAGCAAUAUUUUAUUGCGUUGAGGUUUAGGGAUGAAUUUUGUUUGUUUUUUUCCCCCAGCCUGGGAAUCAAGUUUGAAUUUUGAUGAUUUGCAACUGGCUCAUUAGCGUAACGAGGGCUGCUCCAUAAACCAGUUUGUUUAUUUGUUUAUUUUAUUUUACUGAGAAGAAUUCGUGCACAUGUAGUCUACAUUUUUGGGCAAGUUUUCAUGCUUGCUACGUACUUUGGGGAGAUCAACUAGCAUCAGUGUAUUUUGGGAUGAAUUGUAUUUUCCAGAAUUUACAGAAUACUUCUUCUAAAGACAAUAAGUAUCACAUUACACCACAGUAUAGCCUGUUCACUCCUUAUAAAAGCUGGGGUCAGGGUAGCUGUACUUCAUGAGUGAUCUGAUGUGAAGGAGAUUAUUUAUGUGUUUCUUUCUAUGUUGUGUUGUCAUUUGUUGGUCUUAGGAGUCACUUAGUUUGCCAGCCUGUGCAAGACUGAUGUCUGUCCAUGACAACUUUCAUAUGACGUACAAACAGAGAUGUGCAGGAAACGACCCAGUGUCCUUUCGACUGAGCAAGUCUUUUUUGUCAUUUCAUGGCUUUCUGAGGUGAACAUACAGCUGAUGAGAAACAAAUGAGCAAGCUGACAAAAGCUGUGAAAUCUUUGAAACCAAGUACUAAUUCACAUAAAGUGAAAAGAAAACUUCUGCAGCAUUAUUUUGACUCUAACAUAUUAUUUAGUUUUAAUAGCACCUUCUUGCAAGAGAGACACAAAUCACACUACGAGCCACACCCUGUAUGCAGCUAUUGUUUGUUUGUAGUUGGUGCACUUCUCAGUAGCUUUAAUUCUAGUUGACAGAUUGGGCUGCUCAAUCGGGGUAGUGGUGCAUCAUGAGGACCAUGUUGAACUGAAUUUUCAACCCUGAAUCUGAACCUGAAUCCCUAGUACCUACUAUUUUCUUUUCAGGAAUUCCAUAAUAGUAGCCUGAAUAAUUUAGCACUUAUGUUCCACAGAUGUGUCCUGUGUGUCAUUCUUAGCCACUCAGAGAUAUUCGCCUCCAUUGUUAGUCUAAAAUUUGUGUUAAAAUAAAGCUCAUGCUUGUAUGUAUGUAGCUUUAUUGUUGUAGUUCAAUAUUUUCCUUUGUUUAAAUUUUAUUUUCUUUUGUUUAAAACUCGUUAUCAUACAUUACCAUACCCCAAAACAAAGGAAAAUAAAAUUUGAUCCACAACAUAGCCAUCUCUCACUUUGCAUUAGGGUGUGUCUUAUGCUUCAUUUUUGGCUAACUAAUACUUGUUGACUUUUCUCACCACUCCCUACAAAUCUCACAUUUUUGUGACAUGUUUUCCAGUUAUCUUCGCAGUAAGGAUAAUUCUGCUGUCAAUCCAGAGCAUAACACUGUUUAUCAGGUAAGCACAUGUUUUUCUAUCGUUGUGUCUGUCUCCAAAUCUGUUUUUUGCCUCAUUUUUUUUUAAAGCAGCAAUUUUUAAAAAGUAAGCAACAGGUUUAAUUUAAUCUAUUGUUAAAGUUGGUUUUUAUAAGUGUCCCUCAUCUUCUUUGAACACACUAUGUAGAUUUCAAUGGGAUGUCAUUUUGAAACCAGAUUCUUGUUUAAAUUUUCUAACUAGUCAGACUUACACUUUUUUCUUAUUUCUUCCAAACGUUGACAAGUAGCCUCCAAUCUUCAAGGCAAGGAGGAAACAGGUCACAUUAGUUGAAAGUCAGACUAAUUUAAACUAAAUGUCUUCUACCCACGUAUUUGUAGGACAUGGACCAUCCUUUAUCAGAUUAUUUUAUCAACUCUUCUCACAACACAUAUCUGACGGGAAGGCAACUGAAAGGCCAUUCCAGUCUUGAAGCUUAUGUGAGAGCUCUGCUUCAAGGCUGUCGCUGUAUUGAACUUGACUGUUGGGAUGGACCAGGUACAUUAACAACCCUAGAAUACCAGAAGUUCCAUUUUAGGGGAUAGUGGAGCCAGAAAAUAGCAUGAAACACGCGCAAGUAGAGCACUUCACAAGCGUGUACAACGUGAAGCAACGGGAAGGCGUGCCCUUAACAGGCCCCUGCGAUGCUAUGCAACCACGUCAGUUAAUCACAACAGAAACUGCGUUUUGCCACACUCAAGUCUUAAAUGUUUUUCUUUUCAGAUGAACCUGUUAUUACUCAUGGACUCACGUUAACUUCCAAAGUCAGAUUCAGAGAUGUGGUUCAAGUUAUCAGAGUAAGAAAUACAUAAAUAAAAACCUUAUUGUUGCAACAGGACCCCAGAGACAAAUAUAUGAUUCACCGACAAGUUUUGGAAAUACCUUUCUUCUAACCCUUAACCUAACCCUAUUCCCUACCGAAAGCGUGCAUUUUAGCCCUUCAUGUAAGGCGACUUACUGUUGAAAAAAUGACAAAGCAAACCAUCUGGCCCAGGUUGUUCAAACGUUGGAUAGCGCUAUCCACCGGAUAAAUCACUAUCCAGUGGAUAGCAUAAUUGAAUUCUGUAAUACUUAUCCGCUGGAUAGUGAUUUAUUCGGUGGAUAGCGCUAUCCAACUUUUGAACAACCGGGGCCUGUACUUUACGUGCAUUAUCUAUUCAGAAUUGGGGACAAGAUAGCGAACAAACGCAUGCGCACUUAUUUGUUACUUAUCAGCUGUGCAGUCGUUUGUGCCCACAAUGUAUCACAUCGUGGCCCUUGUAUCGCGAUUUGUAUGGUAGCGUAAGAAAAUGAUAUCAUGGCCCUUGUAUCUUGAUUCGUAAAUUAACGUAAGAAAAUGUAUAAUUACAGCCCUAUAAUUGGCACUAUACACCUGUCUUUUGGUCUUACAAGUCAUUUCAAUGUAGAAUUUUCUAGCGUUUUGCCUGGAACCGGACAACAUGUUAACAGUGGCCUAGUCACAAAGCAAGGAGCACUAAUCAGAGGUUGCAAAUGAAUAUCUUUGCUUAUUUUUCUAGGAAUAUGCUUUUGAGGCAUCCGAAUUUCCCUUGAUUUUGUCCCUGGAGAACCACUGCAACAAGGAACAACAGGUAAGUCUCCGUUCAUAAUUAUUGCAAGUUUUUAUAAAACUCUUUUGUUUGGUGGUAAGUAUCGAAUGGUAUAGGGCACGUUUCGCACGGAUCUAGCAUUUCGUUCCAACAUCAUGUGAAUCGAUUUGAACGGGCCCAAAUAUUUAGACCUGAUUCGGUAGCAUCCAACAACAUUCAACACUGAGAAAUGAUGUCUCUCCUGUCAGUGACGGAGGCAACUCGGAAAAAAACCCAAAUACUCCCAACAAGAGUGUGACCUAUGUCACUCUGGUUUUUAGUCCAGAUGCUCUACCACUGAGCCAUAGGAGUAUUAGGAGUCUCGUGCCAGGUGCUAAGGCCAUUGAAGUAUAGGUGCAUGGGACUAGCCUGCGAGCAAACUCUCCGGGGCGCUCUGGCAGCGGGGCGGGAAAAGGAAGGAGAGCUUGCAACUGCCUCUCUGCGGAAACGAGCGCAAAUAUAAGAAGACAUUGAAAAACACGUGAAAGCACGCGUUAAGAGUAACGACGUCAUUACUAAUGCCAUCUACGCCAAUCAGCAUUUCGCAUCGACUUUUUCGAUGCAGAUAUUCAAAUUCCAGAGACGUAGUAGCAAGCUUUCCUUCCUUUUCCCGCCCCGCCGCCAGAGUGCACCGGAGAGCUUGGUUGCAGGCUACACAUGACAAACAUCCGGGAUAUUGCUAGGACUGGAAUGUCGAUGGGUGGCAUCAUAAUUAGUAGAGGAGAAAAACGGUCAUGAAAAACGGCAAAUAUCAAAGGUAAAAACAACGACAGUGCUGCAAUUCAUGUUGGAAAUUUCCUGGCGGUACAUAAACCUUAUGUUUUCUGUUCACAAAUUGUGACUGAAUAAAUUAAUGCGACGUUUUUAUUGGUCAGUAACAUCAAAAUGAUAGGAACGCUAUUACACACUUAAUGUCAGAUCCCCAGGGAAACAGUUAGUUUUGUUUUCCCGAGAGUCCUCAUUUCGUCUCGGGAAACAUCAGGACUCGAUAACCGGAGCGAAUCAAAACAGUCGAUUCGGUACUUAUAAGAACACAAAUUCAAAACUACUGAAUGAAUGAUUUACAAAGUACUUUCCUUAUAUUAUCUGCAUCUUUUUCCUCCACUAGCAGCUGUUUCUCUUCUGUGAUAACUUUGAAAAUCGUUGCUUUUUAGCUUGAGGCUUCAUGUUUGUAUUGUUGUGUUCAUUCACGAAAAAAAAAUCUGGCAGUGUUUUUCCCGCCUUCGGUCACGCCACUUUCCACUAUGCCUUGAUCACGUGCUGUAAUGUAUCCCGAGUGGGGUACAUUGUUUAUUAAAUGUAUCACGAUCGGGAUACAUUUGAUUUUAGUGAAGUCCAUGUGACCAAGAAUCAGCCAAUGGUAGUCCCUGUUUAGUUGAGUGAAAGUUUAGGAACAUAACAAUGAAAGUUGUACACGGUCAGGUCCACUAAAGAACAUGACAGGAGUCUGACGAGCUCCAUGACCAUUCCUCUCUAAAAACUAUGGUGGCAUACAGCACGCAGUGAUUUAAAUUUGAUGUCCAACAAGGUGUCCUUGGCUGAUUUGACUUUGUCCUUAACUUGCAGGCUAUAAUGGCAGACAUUUUUGUAACAGAGCUUGGUGAUAUGUUGGCUACAACUAACCUCUGUGACGAGCUAGGUGUGAAUACACUUCCUUCUCCUAACGAUCUGAAGCGUAAAAUUUUGCUCAAAGGCAAAAUUAAAACCAAGAAAAAGGUAAAAGUAACAUUCGUUUUCUUAAAAACGGCUCAUAUUUGAAGUAUACAGUGGCCAUUGUUUUUAUUAGUGUUUUAAAAUACUGUAAAAACCCGUGAGUAAGAACCUGUCUUGUGAGAACCUCAGGCUAAGAUUGCCAGUUAGGUCCCCUCUUUACAAGAACCUCUUUAGACUAAAAUUUGAAACAGGCUCUUGUUGUUUAAAAUCUAUUAAAAAAUUCUGUACACUUGGCCAAAUAAGAUUAGUCAACUUUCAGUACCCUCUUCGGAGACAUAGGUGCCUUAUCCCCUUCAACUGCAAUGUAAUGGUUUGUAGAUGUUACAUGAGAAAUAUGCUGAAUACCACUAAAUACUCUUAGCUACAAUGUAUUUUUUUUCUUAACAAAAGAAGAACCUAUUUAAAACCUAAAUUUGUGUUCAGUACCAUUUGUGUAAGAACCUGUUUAGGCUAAUUUUAAAAAAGGGCAGGUUCUUACUCGCAGGUUUUUACUCUAUUGGUAUGCUAAAAGUGAUCACGCUAUUUUAGGCAAUUUCAGUUCUUACGUCUGAAAGAUCAUUGAAUUGACUUAAAUAUCAAAAUAGAUGUUCCAAACUGUAGAACACAGAUGAAGUACAAAAGAGCAGAAAAGAAGAACGGCCGAAUGAGCGAACGUGAAGAAGAUUCAAAGAAAUUUGCGUUUAGUUAAUGUUGAAUAAGGCAAAGAAUCUGGUUUUAUAAUUUGUUCUUAUAAAUCAUGCUUGUUUUAAACUGCGCAUGUAUUUCUUCCUUAAGCGUUAACCCUUCGCUUUUUUCCACCACAGCAUAAAAUCUCAACUUCUAUCUGGCCCGGAGUGAAUGUCAGUCCUAUUAUUUCUGUAAGUGCUAUCGUUUUAGUAAAAAAAAUCUUGAACUGUGAUGCUACUUGUAAGGAAUUCGAUACCUGUAAUUUGAUUUGUCUUGGCGAAAUUCACAUACCAUUGGUUUUUGUGGGAUGAAAUGACUCAUGGCUGAUGAGGUCUUUGUCACAGUAUCUGUGUCAGUAGACUCUAUUUUGCUGUGCCGUGUUCUUGGUUUUCCAGCAGUUGAUUUAAAACUGCUCCAAAAUUCAGCCGCAGCCAAGCCAAAAAGUGAUGUCUGUCCCAGAGUGCCCUUGGAAAAACCAUAAUACGUUUGUAGUGACACACAAUAAGGAAGAGGACCCUUCAGAUUAUGCACUGUGCAGUUUGUUUAUAUAGGGUACACUCUGCACGCCGACCGUCCAUCCCCUCCUUUUAAGCAAGUUUAAAAUGUCAAGCUCGAGGCUCGGGGUUUCAACUCUGUGUUAUAUCCCGUUCUAUGUAUUUAUUUAUUUCUGCUUUUCAACAAAACGUUUUACUUCUUUAUCUAAGUUAAACACAUGUCAUUUUGUAUCAGUUAGCAAAUUUUACGUCGUAGUCGUGUGAUAAUGGCAAAGAAAUUUCUUUUCUACUUAUUUUAUAUAUUCUGCUGUAUUUUUACAUUCGUGUUGCAAACAAAUAAAUGAAAAAUGCAUCAAAAGUGUGCAGCAGAUGCAGAAUUGUUGUUUUCCUUAUUAUCGUUUUUCUUUUUGACGUUUUCGUUUUCGUCGUCGUCGUGUUUGCUUGAUCUCCGGAGAGUUAAACAGGCCCUGCCUUUGGGUUUGUUUAACCUUUAUUAAUUGACUUCACGAAAUAUUGACUUGUUCUUUUUUUCGUACAGAACAUUUCCACAAGAGUGAAAAAAACAAGUAGGGGCAUGCUUAUGUCCAGUCAGGUGAGUUUUAAGCCCCGUGCAAACGGACGCAUCAUCGUUGGCUAACAACUCCCAACAUUGUUGAAUGUUACAUGUUGCGUCCUUUUGCACACCCUGUUGCAUGUUGUUGGAUGUUGUUGCGCAAAGUUUGAAACCGGUCAAACUUUUCAGCCAACAACUCCCAACAAUUCUUUUGUUCCGUGAUCGCCGACGCGUAGCGCAACAAUGUUGGAUCCGUUUGCACACCCUGUUGCAUGUUGUUGCGCAGAGUUUGAAACCGGUCAAACUUUUGAGCCGGCAACUCCGAACAUUUCUUUUGUUCCCGUGAUCGCCGAAGCAUAGCGCAACAAUGUUGGAUCCGUUUGCACAGCUCUUCCAAUAUUUUAGGGCUACGCACACGCAUUACACAUGGUCUACAAAGUCUUAUGGGUUGUAUCCUUCCCACGAUGUACUGCAGGUCCAAACAUUGUUGGAAGUUGUUACAUGCGUUUGCACGUAGCUUUAAGGUGAUGUUAAACGAGACGAUUCGCAACGACGAUUUUUAGCGCAACACAGCGUUGCAAAAUUGUUACAACAUUGUUUCGAAUAGUUGUAACAUCGUUCCAACAUUGCAGCGCUGUGUUGCGCUAAAAAUCGUCGUUGCGAAUCGUUCCGUGUAACAUCACCUUUAAUCGAUGUAGGUUUGUUUUUAAGUGCAACUGUUGUUUUCGUACGUAUUUACUAAUUCGUGAAAGUGAAAAUCAAACACACCGAUUGGUAAAAAUGUUUUCGUUUCGUCAUCAAAUGACAUAUUUCAUGUUUGUUCCUCUUAACUGUAUUAUUUUGAAGUCCCCAUGUUCCGUUCAUGGUAUCAUGGCGUGACAUUGCGUAGGACACCCACGAGCAACAUACGGCAUCACGGAAGUCACUUCUUUCGUGUUUCGCAAAAUCAGAAAAAACAUUUUUUUGUUUAAAAAAUAAUAAAAGCAAGUAUUGACUUUCGAAAGUGGUUCAUGCAGAGGUAUCGCCUGAUAGCUUAUUUGCCUUCUGCUUCUUUCCUCUGUUUUGUUUUUCCAUUUUGUUUUUGUUUUAAGUACUCUUUUUUAAUCAGUUACUCACAUCGGUAAUGACGCACAGGUAGCUUUUGAAAUGUCUUGGUAACACACAAUGAAAUCUUUUUUUUUUCCUGUCGCAGUCUGAAGCAGUUUUUACCAGAUCAGAAUCAGCAAAUUCUCUCAGUUCAGGUCGGGUGCGAUCAUUGACGAGUGCAACGAUUGCGACGGUGGUAAGGCAGCAUGAACUGUUUUAAUAAACAAGUCGUGUAUGUAAUUGUUAUAUGACUGGAUUUUGUUUCCCAACAUAGUGGGCUGUCAUUGGUUACUUCAAGGUCACAUGACUUCUAACAAUAAACUGUUUCCCGCCAAAAGCUAGUAAGCGAGUAACUUUGCAAAAUCUCCGACGUCAGAGUGUAUUGGUGGACUGAUGUUCGCUAGUGAUGGCCGCUCGCAGAGAUUUACUUUCAUAAAUUGGUAUACGUGGAAGGUUUUUCUUUCGAGGGCUAUUUAAUUUUUUCCCCGCGACCAAUCACAAAAAAGAGUUCAUUAUAUAUCAAAUAAACAUGUUACGUUCAUAAGGCAAAAAUAUCUGCGUCUCUGAUUGUAGUCGGAUCACUGACGGUUAGGGAACCGUUCUGAUGCCAGUCAAGCUGUUGUCAGUUGUAUGUCAUUUACUACUAGGUUUGUGUUAGCCUCCCACGCGGGCGUUUUUACGAGCUCCCCUAAAAUCGCCUGCGUGGGAGGCUAGGUUUGUGUGUCACGCGUUCUGUUUACUACAGAAAAGAAAGGUUUGGAUCCACAGAAACUAUGCAACUGUGGGGGGACGGGUGGUAACUUUGCCGGACAAAGGAGCAGCCUCGCAAUACCUUGAAAAGCAACUGAAUAUAUUUCUUUAUAAGAAAACUGUUAAUGGUAAUUUAAUGUUAAGUGCUUUUGAAUAUCUGUAGUGUUAGCUCCAUGUGAAGUGCUUAAUGUUGUCGUGGUUGUUAUUGUUGUUGUUAUUAUUAUUAUACUAUUAAAAUCCUAUUUACAAUUAAUUCACUUUAAAAAAAACUAUUUCGUCAAAACACUAUUUACAAUUCCUUUCGUUAAAAAAAACACUUAGUUUUGAUUAGAAAAAAAAAAUUCAUUUCAUUAAACAAAAAUUAUUUAAAUUAAGAAUGUUUCAUUUCAAUAAAAACAAUUCAUUUCGAAUAAAAAAAGAAGAAACUGUUUUCAAGGUCAAUUGCAUUCUUACUAAGAUAAUCACUAAAAACAUCACUAAAAAAGAGGAAAAUUAAAUAGCGUUGACAAUGUGUUAAUGACGAAUAUUUUCCAUUUAAAAGUAAGAAAACACAUCAGUAGUCCGAUUAAAUGGCUCCUUCAACAACUUCGACUAUUAUUAUUAUUAUUAUUGUUAUAUGCAAGGCCGCUUAUGUACCUAUUUUGGUUUCACGUUCGAUUCAUAACAGGGCUCAACAAGUGAAGAUCAGUACAGUAUAGUAAGUACCUUGCACUGCUGUUAUCCUCAUGCAUGUGGUAAAGUUUAUUCGAGGGUGGCAAUAGUUCAUGAUAUUCAUUACAGAGCGAAGAGGAGUUCUGUUUGAUUUUGAUUCGAAUUUAAUCGAGCUGCGACGUAGUUUGGAAAAUUACUCCAAACUUUUAGCAAAUGAAAAUAGCUCUGCGAAAUCACGAAAUUGUUUUCGACUUUCGAUUCAAAACAGCUCUUUCUUAAAGUGUUGUACAUAGUAAUGAUUACAUCGCCGUUAGUGAUUUGGACUGUGUUUUUGUAGAUCCCGUUGGAAGAUUCCAUGGGCAAACUAAUUGUAUAUUGUCGUGCAGUGCCUUACAAAAAGCAUGAAAUCUCAGGUGACUGCUGUGAAAUGUACUCUUUCAAUGACGGCUAUGCGCAAGAUUUCAUCACAGGUCAUCCUCGAGGUACAGUGUAAAUUUAUACAGCACUUUAUCAAGGCUAUUUAAGAUGUUUUCUUUUUUGACAUAAGAUUUUUUCUUUAUAAGAACAGACAUUUGAGCAUAAGAAUGUGACCUCUAUGGAGAGAUGCAAAGUAAUUUUUGAAGGUUAUUUUUCCCUCCUGCAAAAACUUAAUGAAAAUUUUUGGCUACCAAGUCUUUUGAAUGCGUGUUGGUUAUGUUUAAAGAAGACCAACUUCAUGCCGAAUGCGGGGUGAGAUUAAAGAGCUUCUAUUUAUCAAAGUUAAUGUGUAUUUGCCGUUAAAAGUAAAAAGUAUAAAAGUAGAGUUCUGAAGCUUAUCUGCAGUGAAGUUGGGGAAAAAUCUGUCUUUGGAUUUCGAAGUUCCUUUUUUUUUUUUUUUAUAAAAAUGUGGAUUGAAAUAUAUGCCGAUAUCUCAAAAAAAUUAUACCUACAAGAAAAUGCAAAGCAUUUUCUUAAAGUUCCAUCAUUCUUUAUUAAGGAUACCAAAAAUCAUAAAAAAUGGUUAAAUCGUUCCUGCUGAAAAACGGGAUUCAAAAACGUAACCAACAAGCAUAUAAAUCGGUUCGGGCCACCUUAACUAUCACAUUAGUUGGGACAGAAGUGGUCGGUAUUUUCUGCCCCGUCAAUGUUGGUUUUUUCGAGUAGGCAUGUCAGAAGCAAAAAAAUCGACACGGGAAGGGAAGGAGCACAACAUUUUGUCUGAAUAUGGGUACAGCACGGGGGUGUCCCAACUUCAUAAACCAGAAACGCAAGCACAGUGAGAUACGCAUGCGGAUUUGAGUAUCACAAGGUAGAAACUAAUCGGAUGUACUGGAAAAUGAACCACCUCAACGUAACAUAAACGCAAGGUUCAACCCAUGAAACGGAAGAUUUCCAUUAUAUUACUCUCAAUGUUGCGCAUGCGCUUUCUUUGUGGGCGAACACUGUUGAGUUCGUUGUUGAUUCUCUCCUUUGCUCCGAGAGCAGCCUCGUUCCCAGUCGUCCUCGGCGAUUUCGGAUGUGACGUCACCUGUCAGGCUUGUCGGGAAAAUUCGCGCUCGGUUCCAAGCCUCCUCUGGCCACUCGGAUAGCGCGAACAGGCCUGGGUUCGAGGCUGCUCCGAGAGGAUUUUUCUCCGGUACUCCGGUUUUGCCCUCUCCUCAAAAACCGACAUUCGACCAGGAAUACGGUAGACCAAGAACUACUAAGUGGAUGUACUACUGCCGGCUUUCCUUUUUCUCGACAGAUAUUUUGUCGUUGGCUAACAAGCACAUUGUGAGAACAUACCCGAAAGGAUCAAGAGUCGAUUCCUCAAACUAUAACCCGCAGGUCAUGUGGAAUGCCGGACUUCAGAUGGUGGCCAUCAACUUUCAAAAGCCAGGUAUUUUAUAUUUCACCGAUGCGGUUCUCAAGUGACAAUUAUUCAUGAAAUGCUUCGUUUGCCAUCGCUCGACCGACCAAUUUUUGGGAAAAAUGAAGAAAAGAGGACAAUUUUCUUAAAUUAAUCCAAGAGCAAGACAUCCUUUUCUUCUAUUAAAUCAAACGUAGCUUUCCAUUCAUAAGCGUUUGUGUAAAUGUAUUGCAGUUGAGACGGGUUCGUGUAAGGAAACGUGAACAAGACAUCUCGCCAUCUUUUUCUUCACAUACUCUAAAUGCCCUACUCUAACGAUUUGAAGAGUGUGAUCCUGACGCUAGUUAUAACUUUAUUUUACGUGACCGACCUAGCCACUUAAACGAAACAGAGGCUGGUACAGAACGAGUGGCCUAACCGGUUUCUUCCAUUGGAUCAAUUCCUUUUUUUUCUUCUUUGUGCCAGACUAUGGCGUGCAUCUCAAUCAAGGAACGUUUAGGAAGAACGGUGGAUGUGGUUACAUUUUAAAGCCGGAUUCUUUGAGAAACAGGGGUAAGUUAGGCAAAAGCAACAGGAAGUGAAGUCGCCAAGAGCAAUAACUUGUGCAUUGCUUAUACAAUAGCCCAUGUUCGAUAUAUUAAAAUUCUAAGAUGACUCUGAGGCUUUCUGGUCAUUUUUCUACAUUUGAUUUGGUUUUCUUUGUGCUCAAGUCACUCCUGGGAAUUGCGAGACAAUGGAGUCGUAAAAAAUUUGCAAUUUUCUCCGUAAAGUGUCAGAGUCAUGUUAGAAUUUUAAUAUAUCGAAAGUGGGCUAUUCUCAAGUUUCCAGGUCCCCAACCGCGCGGAUAUGAAAUAACGGUUAACUCUUGUUCAAUUUAGAUCCCUUCCCACAUAAGAGUGUUAAAUUUACUAAGCUCAGUCUACGCGCAUUGGCAAUGCUUGUACUUAAUUCUCUUCUUUUGCAUGGCAUCCUGUCCUGAUCUUUUGUUAUUAUUGCAUUUCUUGACAGACAAGUCUAAUUAUUACCCAAUGAUUAAGGAAAGUCCGAAAGGUGGAAAGUCAUGUUACUUCACAAUAGAGGUAAACUCCCCAGUCUGUAAAUAAGACGGAGAAUGGUAGUCAAGUAGUCGGUAGAAACGAUAAGAUCCUUGUUAGCGCUUUUUUCAACUGAAGUUUUCCAUAUUUUAAACAACUUACUUUACUAUGUAGUUGUGUUUAACUGGGUUAAUUGCGCGCUUUAAUGUCAGGUCUUGUCGGGACAGUAUUUACAUGGCGACGAAGAUUCCCAGCUUCCAAUACGUGUUGAUGUGGAGACAGUUGGUGUCCCAGAAGACUGUGGUAUACUAAGCACCGAGGUUAGACAACUUUCUGUUAAGGUUAACCAACUGAGAAUAAUGGAUCAGAAAGGAAAUCUUAUGGCGUUGACCGGGAUAUGUGAAUUUCACUUUAAGUUAUUAUUAGAGGUUUUAAUUUAACUGAAGUCUAAUUUCUGGAACGUCAGCACAUUUUAAUCGGCUACCUCAAAGCAAACAGUGCAGAAUAUUGUAAUGGCGACACUCCAAGAGAGCAUAAUUUCCUAUUAUUCUUCCUUGACAACACAGAAUAAGAGUUUGCGGACCUCUCCGAAAACCAACUUCCAAUUAACUUCAAGCGUUUAAUUGGUCUAAAAAUAACUUUGGUGACAUUCACAUAUCCAAAGGGCUAGACUGGGCGUUUCCCCAUUUGUUCCAUUAUUCUCUCUUGGGUUGACCUCGCUGAAACAAACAUAACGGCAAGACAGGCUGUAAGUUUUCUGUGGAAAGUUUGACACUUCACCAUCCAGAUGUUAUAGUUAUAUGCUGCAGUUACAGUCAAACCAGGUCAAGCGUUCCCGUCGCUAACAAACUAAUGCAUUCAUUAAUGGUAAAAUGAUUUCGUUUGUUGAUUCAAUAAUCCAUUCAUAAAAUGAAUAAUCCAACAGUCAAAUUGUACCUCGAUUCAAUAAUCAAAUGUUGAUUUGGUUUAUGAAUAAAAUCUACCUGUUCUUUAUUCUUGUGUGUUGUGUUCAAUCGUAUUUGCUUCCUUUUUCCUGCCGUUUACGAUUGCGUUUUUCAUUGCCUUUAAUCAAAAUAACAGCUAGAAUAGACAGACCGCAAACGCAAAGAAACUGACAAAGGCCGAGGAUCGAAAUCCACCAAUCACCGCACAUACACUGACCUCAGUUUGACCGUCGUGUUUUCUAAGAGGUCAGGCCUAGGUCUGUUGCACUGAUUACUGGCAGCAAACAGGCGUACAUGUAACAGUUUGUUUGGGUUUGAACUUCAGAACUCGCCAGCACUCGACUCUCAGAAAAAAAAGAGGAAAAAACAAAAUUUCUGAGGUCAACUAGUUUUUCAAAAAACAGUAAUCGAAUCAACAUUCGAUUAUGGAAUCGAGGCUAAAUAUGAUUAUUGGAUUGUUCAUUUUAUGAAUGGAUUAUUGAAUCAACGAACGAAAGCAUUUUUCCGUUAAUGAAUUCAUUAGUUCGUUGGCGACGGGAACGCUUGACCUGGUUUGACUGUAAGCUUUUUCCUCAAUUUAAAUGUUAUUUUUCUUUGGUAUUGCGUAUGGUGAUGUAUGACAAAAGGGCCUUUUCUAACUUACAAAAUGUCAGGUCACGUGAUCAACUUUCUGUAAGCACGGAAACAAUUCUUUUUGGAAAAAUUGAUUUCAGCAACAGCUGAAAGAGCAUAUAAAAAUUAGGUAACUUGUCAAUUUUCAAGCGUAUAUCUCAAAAGUAGCGAUUGCAACGGACGCCGAAAGUUAUAAGGAUUUGCAUGGGAAAAGCAGCUCUUGCCACCCAGUCACGGUUGAGUAGUUUUCCAUUCAGAUGCCUGUAAAUGUCGAAAUUUUUAAACUGUCGUAAAAUCUUUCCCUUACGCAUUACAGGGCUCGAAUUUUCUGCUAUAAACAGGAAAUUUGAAGACGAGGUGAAAACGGUUGCGUAGGAGGUUAAGUUGCGAUUACAAUUUCUUCAUUCAAGUUAUUUUAGGACUUCCCCCACUUCUGCACAUCCUCUCUUACGUUGGAUCAAUAUUUUCAAAUAAAAUGGUAUGAUAUAUCAAACAAUGCACAUCAUUUAAAUCGAAUCUAAAAUUCAAAUUUUGAUUUGUAGUUUCUUUUCUUUGACAGCCCACUAUGGACAAACUGAAUCCGCAGUUUCAUAAUGCCAAGCACCUCUUUAAAAUCAUUAUGCCAGAGCUAGUAAGUGUGUUAUAUUUGACUGAUUUGAUAAAUCAACAC